CAAGCGCCGUGUGGCGAGCGCGCCUGAGCGCGGGAAUCGUCCCAGCGCCGGAGUUUGUCUCUCCUUUCUCAGUUGCGGAGGCGCAGGCAUCUCGCUGGGUGAAGGAAAAGAUGCCUGCGACACGGAAGCCGAUGAGAUACGGACAUACAGAGGGACACACAGAUGUCUGUUUUGAUGAUUCUGGAAGUUGUAUUGUGACUUGUGGAAGUGAUGGUGAUGUGAGGAUUUGGGAAGACUUGGAUGAUGAUGAUCCUAAGUCCAUUAAUGUUGGAGAAAAGGCAUAUUCAUGUGCUUUGAAGAGUGGAAAGUUGGUCACUGCAGUAUCCAACAAUACUAUUCAAGUCCAUACAUUUCCUGAAGGAGAUCCAGAUGGUAUAUUGACACGCUUCACCACGAAUGCGAACCAUGUGGUCUUUAAUAGUGAUGGUACAAAAAUUGCUGCUGGGUCUGGUGACUUUCUAGUCAAAGUUGUAGAUGUGAUGGAUUGCAGCCAGCAGAAAACAUUUCGAGGACAUGAAGCCCCUGUGUUAAGUCUUUCCUUUGAUCCUAAGGACGUCUUUCUGGCAUCAGCUAGUUGUGACGGAUCUGUCAGAGUGUGGCAAAUUUCAGAUCAGACAUGUGCUAUUAGUUGGCCACUGCUACAAAAGUCCAAUGAUGUGAUAAAUGCAAAAUCAAUCUGCAGACUUGCUUGGCAGCCAAAAAGUGGGAAGUUACUAGCAGUUCCUGUGGAAAAAUUGGUUAAGCUAUAUAGAAGAGACACUUGGGGUAAUCAGUUUGAUCUUUCAGAUAAUUCCAUCUCUCAGACCCUCAAUAUAGUUACCUGGUCUCCUUGUGGGCAAUAUUUAGCUGCAGGGAGUAUUGAUGGUUUGAUUAUAGUUUGGAAUGUGGAAACUAAAGAUUGCAUGGAAAGGGUAAAACAUGAGAAAGGUUAUGCAAUUUGUGGCCUGGCCUGGCAUCCUACUUGUGGUCGAAUAGCAUAUACUGAUGCAGAAGGAAAUCUCGGGCUCCUGGAGAAUGUCUGUAACCCUGAUGGAAAGACCCCGAGCAGUAAGGUAUCUAGCAGAGUGGAAAAGGAUUACAAUGAUCUUUUUGAUGGAGAUGAUAUAAGUAAUGCUGUUGAUCUAAAUGACGAUCCAGGUGAAGGCCCUUCUUUUUCAAGAAGAAUUAUGAAUGAUGAUGAGGAUGAUGACAUCAUGCUGGCUUCAGGUCGUCCAAGACAGCGAAGCCACUUCCUAGAAGAUGAUGAAAACUCAGUUGAUUUAACAAUGCUGAAAACUGGUUCUAGUCUUCUCAAAGAGAAGGAGGAAGAUGAUCAAGCAGACAGCAUUUACAAUUUACCGCUUGCCACGUCCCAGAGGCCAUCUUACGAUGGGCCUAUGCCCACUCCCCGGCAAAAGCCAUUUCAGUCAGGUUCCACGCCCUUGCAUCUCACUCACAGAUUCAUGGUGUGGAACUCUAUUGGAAUCAUUCGCUGCUAUAAUGAUGAGCAAGACAAUGCCAUAGAUGUGGAGUUCCAUGAUACCUCCAUAUACCAUGCAACGCACUUAUCAAACACUUUGAAUUAUACAAUAGCAGAUCUUUCCCAUGAAGCUGUUUUGUUUGCAUGUGAAAGCACUGAUGAACUGGCAAGCAAGCUUCACUGCCUACACUUUAGUUCUUGGGAUUCAAGCAAAGAGUGGGUAGUAGACAUGCCUCAGAAUGAAGACAUUGAAGCCAUAUGUCUUGGUCAGGGAUGGGCUGCUGCUGCCACUAGUACCUUGCUCCUUCGAUUGUUUUCUAUUGGAGGUGUUCAGAAAGAGAUCUUCAGUCUUCCUGGGCCUGUGGUGUCAAUGGCAGGACAUGGAGAACAGCUUUUCAUUGUUUAUCACAGAGGAACGGGAUUUGAUGGGGAUCAGUGCCUUGGAGUUUAUCUGCUAGAGCUGGGGAAAAAGAAAAAACAAAUUUUGCGUGGUGAUCCUCUUCCUCUUACAAGGAAAUCCUACCUUGUAUGGGUUGGAUUUUCAGCUGAAGGUACUCCCUGUUUUGUGGAUUCAGAAGGCAUUGUUCGAAUGCUAAACAGAGCACUUGGUAAUAUAUGGACUCCUGUAUGUAAUACAAAAGAACACUGCAAAGGAAAAUCUGAUCACUACUGGGUGGUUGGUAUCCAUGAAAAUCCCCAGCAACUGAGGUGCAUUCCUUGUAAAGGCUCUCGGUUUCCUCCCACCCUUCCGCGCCCUGCUGUAGCUAUAUUAUCCUUUAAGCUUCCUUACUGUCAGAUUGCAACAGAGAAGGGACAGAUGGAGGAACAGUUUUGGCGUUCAGUUGUGUUUCACAACCACCUUGAUUAUUUAGCUAAAAAUGGUUAUGAAUAUGAAGAGAGCACUAAAAAUCAAGCAAUGAGAGAACAAUAUGAACUUUUAUUGAAAAUGUUUGCACUUUCCUGUAAACUGGAGCGGGAAUUCCGUUGUGUGGAACUUGCAGAUCUGAUGGCUCAACAUGUUGUGAAUUUAGCCAUUAAAUAUGCUACUCGUUCUGGGAAACUAAUGUUGGCCCAAAGACUUAGUGAACUGGCUGCAGGGAAGGCAGCAGAAUUGGCAGCAACCCAGGAAGAAGAGGAGGAAGAGGAAGAAGAUGAUUUCAGACAAAAGCUGAAUGCUGGUUACAGUAAGACUCCUACAGAGUGGAGCCGGUCAAGGCCCAGAAAUGAGGUUGAAGAAGCCGCGGAAGACACUAGAGAAGUAGAUGAUACUGAAGAACCUGAUGAUACAGAAGAAAAAUCAGAAAUACCUAAGCAGGGACAGAACCCAUUUUCCAAAAGUGCAAAUUCCUCUGAUGUGCCAUCAGUUAAGUCAGGUGCAGCUACCUCUGGCAGCCAAGGACGAGUAAACCCCUUCAAGGUAUCGGCCAGUUCCAAAGAGCCAGCCAUUUCAGUGAGUUCAGGACGUUCUGCUAACAUUUUAGACAGUAUGAACAAAUCAUACAAGAAAUCUCCUGCACUUAAUCGAGCUACAAAUAAUGAAAAGUCUCCAGUAAUAAAGCCUCUAGUUCCAAAGCCAAAGUCUAAGCAGGCAUCUGCAGCAUCCUAUUUCCAGAAAAGAACUUCCGAAGCUGAUAAGACUGAGGAAGUGAAAGAAGAAAGCCCUGGAAAUUCAUUACCUGAAACUCCAGCCACAUGUCCUCAAAACACUGAAAACCAAAGGCCAAAGACUGGGUUCCAGAUGUGGCUGGAAGAAAACAGAAGUAGUAUUUUGUCUGACAAUCCUGACUUCUCAGAUGAAGCAGACAUAAUAAAAGAAGGAAUGCUUCGAUUUAGAGUAUUGUCUGCUGAAGAAAGGAAGGCAUGGGCCACCAAGGCCAAAGGAGGGACUGCAAGUGAUGGAGCUGAAGCAAAGAAGCGGAAACACGCGGACAAUGAAAAUCAAGAAACUGAACACCAGGAAGAAAAAGCAAAGGAGAAUCUGAAUUUGCCUAAAAAACAGAAACCUUUAGAUCUUUCUACAAAUCAGAAACUGUCAGCUUUUGCAUUUAAGCAGGAAUAGAGUAAGGAAGUAGCCUUAGGACCCUAAUGGCUUUUUUUUUUUUUUUUUUUUUACUGUCUUUGAUGAAUCUGGACUUUUAAAAAAAUCUUUAGAAAACACUAUAUAUUUUUAAAAAGAGUUUAAAGACAGUUGUUUGUCUUUGUAAGGUAAUGUAGUAAUUAUACUGGCGUAGUAGCUCUAGGAAUAUAUAAAAACGAUCAUUUCUGCAGAUUCCAUGAGAAGCCAGUUUGAUUUUGUUUUUUACCUUCAAAACCGUUAAAAGCCAAGGUACUUCUGCCUCCGAGCAUUGAAGUGCCUUGUAGGGAAUUCUUCUGUUGGGUUAUGUCAUGUGCUGGAGGGAACCACAGUAGUUCUCUUCCCAGGUGUGUCCCACACACCGCUCUCUGUCCAUACGGACCCAGGGGCUAUGUUUUGUAAUAUGGGCCCUAAACAUGUACAUAAUUUUGUAGAUGAGACUUUUGCUUUUGUUUGUUCUGGAAAUUUCUUCAUAGAUGGCUUUUAAUUCUCUGCAUAGCUUAGUUUUUAAAAAAUAAAUAAAACUUUCACAUUUCUGUAUAUAGCU